ACGCGCACCCGCUUCCGGACCCGGACGCCAUUUCCAGCGGUUGCUGGUUCUCACGGGUUGUGGUCCGCCAGGACAAUGAGCUAUGACUACCAUCAGAACUGGGGCCGCGACGGGGGACCCCGCAGCUCCGGUGGCGCCUAUGGAGGGGGCCACGGAGGGAGCCGAGCCUCCGGAGGUGGCAGCGGCGGAGGAGGAGGGGGCGGGCGAGGCGGCAGGGGCCGGCAUCCUGGACACCUGAAAGGCCGCGAGAUUGGCUUGUGGUACGCGAAGAAGCAGGGACAGAAGAACAAGGAGGCGGAGAGGCAGGAGAGAGCUGUAGUACACAUGGAUGAACGGCGAGAAGAACAAAUUGUGCAGCUACUGAAUUCUGUCCAAGCUAAGAAUGAUGAAGAUUCAGAAGCACAGAUAUCCUGGUUUGCUCCUGAGGAUCACGGAUAUGGUACUGAAGUUUCUGCUAAGAACAAACCAAGCACAGAGAAGAAACUUGACAACCAGGAAAAGAAAUUGAUAAACCAAGAAAAAAAACCAUUCAGAAUCAGGAACAAAUUGUAUAUUGACCGAGACUCUGAGUAUCUCUUACAAGACAUUGCACCAGAUGUAACCUUAGACCAACGAUUACUGGAAGAUUUACAGAAGAAAAGAAGUGAUCUUCGGUAUAUUGAAAUGCAGCGUUUCAGAGAAAAGCUGCCUUCAUAUGGAAUGCAAAAGAAAUUGGUGGACUUAAUUGAUAACCAUCAGGUGACAGUAAUAAGUGGUGAAACUGGUUGUGGAAAAACCACUCAAGUUACUCAGUUCAUCUUGGAUAACUUCAUUGAAAGAGGAAAAGGAUCUUCUUGCAGGAUAGUGUGUACUCAACCAAGAAGAAUUAGUGCCAUUUCAGUUGCAGAAAGAGUGGCUGCAGAAAGGGCAGAAUCUUGUGGCAAUGGUAAUAGUACUGGAUACCAAAUUCGUCUCCAGAGUCGGUUGCCAAGGAAACAGGGUUCUAUCUUAUACUGUACAACAGGAAUCAUCCUUCAGUGGCUCCAAACAGACAUGCAUUUGUCCAGUGUUAGUCAUAUCGUGCUUGAUGAAAUCCAUGAACGAAAUCUGCAGUCAGAUGUUUUAAUGACUGUUAUUAAAGAUCUUCUCAAUUACCGAUCUGACCUGAAAGUAAUAUUGAUGAGUGCAACGUUGAAUGCUGAGAAAUUUUCAGAAUAUUUUGGUAACUGUCCAAUGAUACAUAUACCUGGUUUCACUUUUCCGGUUGUAGAAUAUCUUUUGGAAGAUAUAAUUGAAAAAAUAAGAUAUGUUCCAGAACAAAAGGAACACAGAUCUCAGUAUAAGAGGGGGUUCAUGCAAGGGCAUGUAAAUAGACAAGAAAAAGAAGAAAAAGAAGCAAUCUAUAAAGAACGCUGGCCAGAUUAUGUAAGGGAACUUAGAAGAAGGUAUUCUGCAAGUACUGUAGAUGUUAUAGAAAUGAUGGAUGAUGAUAAAGUGGAUCUGAAUUUGAUUGCUGCCCUUAUCCGAUACAUUGUUUUGGAAGAAGAGGAUGGUGCAAUACUGGUCUUUCUGCCAGGCUGGGACAAUAUCAGCACUCUACAUGAUUUGUUGAUGUCACAAGUGAUGUUUAAAUCAGAUAAGUUUCUAAUUAUUCCUUUACAUUCACUGAUGCCUACAGUUAACCAGACACAGGUAUUUAAAAGAACCCCCCCUGGUGUUCGGAAAAUAGUAAUUGCUACCAACAUUGCAGAGACUAGCAUUACUAUAGAUGAUGUAGUUUAUGUGAUAGAUGGAGGAAAAAUAAAAGAGACACACUUUGACACUCAGAACAACAUCAGUACAAUGUCCGCCGAAUGGGUUAGUAAAGCUAAUGCCAAACAGAGGAAAGGUCGAGCUGGAAGAGUUCAACGUGGUCAUUGUUAUCAUCUGUAUAAUGGUCUUAGAGCAAGUCUUCUAGAUGACUAUCAACUGCCAGAAAUUUUGAGAACGCCUUUGGAAGAACUUUGUUUACAAAUAAAGAUUUUAAGGCUAGGUGGAAUUGCUUAUUUUCUGAGUAGAUUAAUGGAUCCACCAUCAAAUGAGGCAGUGUUACUCUCCAUAAGAUACCUGAUGGAACUGAACGCUUUGGAUAAACAGGAAGAAUUGACACCGCUUGGUGUUCACUUAGCACGUUUACCAGUUGAACCACAUAUUGGAAAAAUGAUUCUUUUUGGAGCUCUGUUCUGUUGCUUAGAUCCAGUACUCACUAUUGCUGCCAGUCUCAGCUUCAAAGAUCCCUUUGUCAUUCCAUUGGGGAAAGAAAAGAUUGCUGAUACGAGAAGAAAACAACUGGCAAGGGGUACUAAAAGUGAUCACCUGACAGUUGUGAAUGCAUUUGAGGGCUGGGAAGAUGCUAGGCGACGUGGCUUCAGAUAUGAAAAGGACUAUUGCUGGGAAUAUUUUCUGUCUCCAAAUACACUGCAGAUGCUGCAUAACAUGAAAGGACAGUUUGCUGAGCAUCUUCUUGCAGCUGGAUUUGUAAACAGUAGAAAUCCUAAAGAUCCAAAAUCAAAUAUAAAUUCAGAUAAUGAGAAGAUAAUUAAAGCUGUCAUCUGUGCUGGCUUAUAUCCCAAAGUUGCUAAAAUCCGCCAGAAUUUGGGUAAAAAAAGAAAAAUGGUGAAAGUUUAUACAAAAACUGAUGGCCAGGUUGCUAUUCAUCCUAAAUCUGUUAAUGUGGAGCAAACCGACUUUCAGUACAACUGGCUUAUCUAUCACCUGAAGAUGAGGACAAGUAGUAUAUAUUUGUAUGACUGCACAGAGGUUUCCCCAUACUGUCUCUUGUUCUUUGGAGGUGAUAUUUCUAUCCAGAAGGAUAAUGGUCAGGAAACGAUUGCUGUAGAUGAAUGGAUUGUAUUUCAGUCUCCAGCAAGAAUUGCCCAUCUUGUUAAGGAAUUAAGAAAGGAACUAGACACGCUUCUGCAAGAGAAGAUUGAAAGUCCUCGUCCUGUAGACUGGAAGGACACUAAAUCCAGAGACUGUGCAGUAUUGUCAGCUAUUUUAGACUUGAUAAAAACACAGGAAAAGGCAACUCCCGGGAACUUUCCACCACGACUCCAAGAUGGAUAUUACAGCUGACAGCUUUUCUGCAAUAGUCUGAAAAGCUAGUUUGACAGCCAUCUCCAUCGCAGUUUAAUUUUGACUGGAUACCAAAACCUGGGACAUGACUAAAUUUCAUGUGUAAGGUAGAAGCCUUCAGUAGGUAGUAACGACUUAAUAUGCAUGACUUGAUGAUGUUAUCUGUAGCUAUUAUAAAUAAUAUUAUCAGCAGUGUGUUCUCUGGUCACAUACUCCAUUGUAGUCACAUCCACUCUUGGGGAGUAUAUUCCCCUUAUGUGUAUAUAUUGAGUGCUGUACCACUUGAGAAAUUAUUUUGUUCUGUUAUAUAAAAUUAAUAUCUCUGGCCAUAAUGACUGAAUAUAGAACCAGUGAAAAUAGAAUGGUUAGCCAAAAAGCAGUGUCAAGUAAGAAUUUGAACACAGGCACAUUUUUAAAAAUGAAACUUCUAUCAGAAGUAAAUUAACUUGUUGUAGUAAAGUCCAGUAUUAAUAAAAUGUAAAAUGUAUAAAUCUCA